AUGGACAUAAAAGUAUUAGAUGAUGAAAUUAUGUUGUCAGAUGGAAGAAUAAUAAAAAUACCAGUUAGAACUGAAGAAAAUAAAAUAGAUAACACAAAAGGGAAAAUAAAAAUUGAAAAAAUACCUAAUGUAUGGGGUAGUAGUGCUGGAGCAGGAAGUGAUUACUUUGACAUUUAUAGAAAACAAAGAAAUGAAGAAAAUGAGAGAAUAGAAUUAAUUGAAAAAAAAUGGAAAGAAUAUACUGAAAAUCAAAUAUUUCAAAGUAAAAGAAAGGCAAAAAUAGAGUAUAUUGAAAAAAAACGCCUAAAAAGAAAAAAUAAAAGAUUGAUAAAAAAAAAUAAAUUGAAGCAGCAGCAAAGUAAUAAGAAAUGUAAUAAAAAUGAAACAGCAAUAAAUUAUUCCUCAUUACAACAAAAAGAUGAAAAAAAUAAAGAAUUAAAUAAUGACACUAUUAAAAUAAAUGAAGAGCACGCAAAACAUAGUAAAAAUCACACUGAUGAAAAUAAUAAUAAUAUUGUAGAUGAAGAAACAUAUAUAGAAAAAGAAAAAAAUGAAGAUAAUGGAACAUUUAUUCCUCCUAUUGAUACAAAUAAUUUUCUUGUGGUUAAGGAAGAUGAACUUUUUUGA